AUGGGAAAGACCGUUUUGAUUGUUGGCUGUGGUGUUAUGGGGCUUUCAACGGCUGUACAUUUGGCUGAAGCAGGAUAUUCAGUGACUGCAAUUGAUGCUUAUCCAGUCCCUUCACCGUGGUCUGCAGCCGCGGACAUGAAUAAGAUAAUUAGGACAGAGUAUACAGAUUUCAAAUAUACUGAAAUGGCUGUUGAAGCAGUUCGCAAGUGGAGAACAGAUCCUAUCUACAAAGAAGUCUACAAUGAAUGUGGAAGGAUUUUAAUGACGCCCCACCACCACGAAGAAAGAAGGAAGUUCGAGGCUGCUGGCAUCGAAUGUUUGCGCCGUAUUCGUUUUGAGGGAGUCAAGAUUGAAAUAUUUCAGGGUGGUCAACUACUAGGGUCGAAAUUUGACUUUCUCAAGUAUAACACCGUGUCUGAGGACACCGAAAUCAAAUGGAAUCCUGAAUCUGGUUUAGCGCACGCUGCCAAUUCCUUGUUUGUUUUGUAUCAACGGGCUUGCAGACUUGGUGUGAAGUUUAUUUUUGGCGAUUCUGGAAGGGCGAUUAAUAUUGAAACUGACGGAGGCACUGACUGUAUUCGGACUAAAGACGAUAGUAUAUAUAGAGCCGACAUCAUACUAAUAAGUGCUGGUGCUGCCUCGGGAUACUUAGUGGACCUAAGGCAGCAACAAUCCGCUACUGGUCUUUUCGUCACUCAUAUUAGACUUACAGAGAAAGAGUAUGAGACGCUCAAAGAUAUCCCUAUUGUGUUUGAUGCUGAAAUGGGAUACUUCUUUCCUCCAGAUAAAAAAACUCACCUUUUGAAAAUCGCUUUGUCAGGAUUAGGUGGAACCAAUAACAUAAAAGACCCUUUUAGAGAAGAUUCUUUACGUUCUUUACCGAGAUAUAAAACAGAAUAUCCUAAUGAUACCAUGCCCAUUCUAGGGAAGAUUAGAGCUAAAAAGUUGCUAGGAAAGUAUAUUCCGGAGGUUGCAUAUCAUACACUCAUUGAAAGUAAAACAUGUUGGAUAGCAGAUACUGCAGAUUCCAAUUUUAUAAUUGACAAGGUACCAAAUUACUGCAACAUUUACGUUGCAACAGGGGAUAGUGGUCAUGCUUUCAAGUUCUUGCCCACCAUAGGUGGAUAUAUUUUAGAAAUGUUGGAAGGGACCCUCGACAAAAGGUUUGCUGAGAGUUGGAAGUGGAAAAAUCAUGGAGAGUCGUUUGAUGUAUCUAAAUGCAAGUGGAGGGUGGUCGCAGAUUAUUCAGAUUUUUCGGAUAUCAAGUGGGUUGAGAAGGAUUGA